CCUCUCACUUCCCCUGGUGCUGAUAGCAUCAACAAAGAAGAUGGCCAUACGCUCCUGGACCCCCGACCAGGGGUUUGUCAACAAGAAGUUGGUGCGACCAGCCUCGGUCUCCACAAGCCUGUCCCUGGAUCUAUGCACCUUCCCCACAACUUUGGGCUCCUCGGUAGCGGCCAGUGCGCUAGAGCAGCUGUUCGUUGUAGAAAAAUCUCUGCAAGGGGACUAUUUCACAUGCAAUGAAGAAGUUAAGACCUUUCUUAAGGACAUAACUGUAGCUGUUAAAAAACUGGAAGAAAUGCGGAAAAACACGGUAGAGCUGCUGGAGAUUGAAAGCAUGGAGCUGAGCCGACUCUACUUUCUGCUGGAGACUGUGCCCAACAGCAUACACAGGGAACUGGAAGAAUGUAUUACAGAUGCUCGCAAACUCAAUAUCCUUGAGAUAACUCAAAUAAAAAAAAAGAUUGAGACAAUGAACAAUGAAGUAGAGUUUCUAAACAACAAAAUAAGGGAGCUGACGAACAUAAAUGAAGUUCUGGGUGCAAAGCAAGCAGAGCUAGCGAAGCGGCACGAACAGUAUGUCCUGUUGCUGAACCAAACCUUGGAAGAGAAAGCCGCCGCCACUAUUUACAUAAAUGACACUUAUACCAGAAUGAACUUUGAGAAAGAAGAAAUAGAACUUCAAAAACAAUGUCUGCAAGAGGCAUCUGAUUUAAUAGAAAAACAAAAACAAGAUUAUUUGGAAAAGAAAGAAUAUUUGGCUGUCCGUAUUAAAGAGACAAAACAAUCCUGUGAAGAGAAGAGAAAAGAGACAUAUUAUAAGAGGAAAGAACUGACCAGAUUACAAAAUAAAAUAAUAAAAAUGAAGCAAACAGUUACUUCCAGCUCAGUGAUGAUUUCUGACCAAAGUGUAGAGAUAGGCAUACUACAGGAAGCAAUAACUAUUUGGAAGAAAAAGGUAGAAGAUAUGAGGAGACUGUGUGAAAGUUUGGAGGAAAAACUGUCGUUUUUUGUGACUCACAAGCAGAAGCUGGAUACUACAUCUACUGAGAAGAAGAGUGCGUUCGUGAAUAAAAUACAGCAGUUGGGUGAAAAAGUACAAAAAGUUAAUACAGAGAACAAAGAUCUCCGGGAGAGACUGAGCAUGCUCCUCAAACAGUAUAAAGCUACCUUGAAGGAAGAGGAAGCUGUGACUCUGAAGAAAAACAUGAUGUCAGAAGAAAAUCAGAAGCAGGUGAUGCUGAUUUCUCAGAAAGAAACCUUCCUAGCACAAAGAGAGCGUGACAUCAAAUUUAUGGAAGACGGAUUUGGAACCCUUCAUGAUCUUAAUAUAGCGUCACGGGAAGCAUAUGGAAGACAAAUAAAAAUCAUGGCUGAUGCUCGGCAAAGAGAAAUUCAGAGAUGUGUCGUAAAUCAGUGGAGAAUAUUCUGUACGAAAAAAAAACACUCGCGUUGGCUACAUAAGAUGAAGGUGUCCUUGAAAAAAAUUAUAAUUAAAAUUGAGAUUGCAGAGCAAAAGCGACUUCAAUUGCUCGAAGAGACAAAGAGUAGAAAGAAGGAAAUCAAUCAUUUUGUGCACCUAAUUGAAACACUGAAGCAGCAGCUAACGCAAGAGGAGAAGGACUAUGUCAAAAAAGAAAAAAGGUUAAUCGAAGAACUAGGCACCUAUGAGGCUCUAAUCAUAAACGAAGUACGGAUUAACAAAGUAAAAGAGGAGGAGUUAGGUGACACCCUCCCACAGCUUCAGACAGCAGAAGAGGACUUCAGAGAAAAAAACAGGACACUCAGGUCCCUCCACAGUGACAUUUCAGCAAAGAAGCAAGAAGAGAAAAUGGUGAGCAACUACGUUUUCCGCUAUAGAAAGGACAUCAUCAGAUGUACAGGCAGCACGGAAAGUAUGAAGCGAGAAAUAAAAUACUUACGAGACCUUGAAAGUGAGAAAACCCAAAAACAUUUUGAAAUUCUAAAGAACUUAGAAAAUGAAAUCUAUGUAAAUGACCAAAAGAUGGCCCUCCUCAUCCUGGAAAAUCAAAAAUUAAGAGAACACCUUGCCUACCUGAAGAAACAAACCAAAGAAUACAUGUCAAAGCAAGAAAUAACUGUACAGAACUCAGGAGACCUCUCUUGGCAACUGAUAGUUCAGCACUCACAGUAUUCAGAUCUGCUGUCAGGAUUUCAGAUCAUAAUUAAGGAACUGGUGUGCACUGGAGAAGACACUUUGCAAGACAUUAAGUCUCUGGUGUGGAAGCUGCAGUUCAGGGAUGAGAAAAUCGAGUCCAUCAGCACCUGGCUCCUGGAGGGAUUCCAAAGGCUGCAUCGUCUCAUGGAAGAGGAGUCCCCGGCCAGCCUUAGUAAAGAGGACCUUCAGAAGCACGGAAAGAAGCAAAAGAAUCAAGAAAUACUUCGCUUUUCCCCAUCCACUCACGCUAGGAAAAUCCCAUUAAGCAGGGUCUGCAAACUGUUAAAGAAACAACCAAAAGGCCGGAGGAAGCGCAGGCCACGAACAAUAAUCUGAACAUGUCUUCAACCAAACUGUCUCUACACAGAAAGUUCAUUAUAUAAAUUAUGCUUUAUUUUUGUAAUAUUACUAAACACUGUAUUGGUGAAAAUAAAUAGCCAUUGACAAAGAC